AUCCUGGGCGGUGCGUUCACAUCUGCUCCACUUCGCCGGCAUCAGUAAAGUGGAGUAGCUCAGAGAGAGAGAGAGAGAGAGAGAGAGAGGGGAUUGUAAUGUAAUUUCCAUGAUAUAUAUGGUCGGGACAGCUUUAAAGACACCCUUCUGUUUUUUUGUAGCUGGUCAGCUGAUCUCUGACAUUUAAAAGUGCUGCUCAUUUUUCUCUCCGACAUUAACACAGACUCCAUUACAGAGAAAUAACAGUGUCGUGGGGGCGAAACGAAACCAAAAGUACAACCAAACAUUUGUUUACCAAAAUAAACACUUCUCUGAUCACGAUGGCAUCAGGCCAGUUUGAGGAGAAACCACACCUGGGGGACUUGAUAGAAAUUUCCCGUGGGACAUACGAGCACUGGGGCAUCUAUGUUGGAGAUGGUUACAUCAUUCACCUGGCACCACCCUCUGAGCACGCCCACGCUGGUGCCUACAGCAUGAUGUCUGUGCUGCAUGAUAAAGCAGUGGUGAAGAAAGAGCAGCUCUGGGAUGUGGUUGGCAGCGACAAGUACACCAUUAACAAUCUACUGGAUGAAAAAUAUGAUCCACGUCCCAUCCACGUGAUCCUUCAGGAAGCACACAGCCUUGUGGGACAGGAGCUACCUUACUGCGUGGUCAGAAAGAAUUGUGAGCAUUUUGUAACAGAGUUGAGAUAUGGGAAGGCAGAAUCUCGGCAGGUGCGGAAAGCUGCGAUCUGGACAGGAGCGGGUAUUGCCACAAUUGUUGUAGGAUUACUUGCGCUGACCAUUUUUGGCUCAGACAACAAAGAGAAGAAGCAGAAACAGUGAAACCUCAGACGGGGAGCAGCUGUAAAGACGAACACCAGCAGGCCUUCAAGCUGGACCUAAAUCUUCUACCUUAUGCAGUAAAAAGCCAACCACUUAAUAGGAUCUAAUUCAGGAAGUCAAUAACUCAAUCUAUCUACAAAUCAAUAAAUGUAUCUCUCAUGACCUGAUCUCAGCAAUAAGGUACAAGUGUAUAAGCCAAAACCAAUUUACAGUUUUACUUAAUGGGAUUUUGAUAAAUACAUUAAAAAAAUUGUAUAAAAGGUCUAUUCUGGUAUACAAAGAGUUAAAAUGGAGUUUAAUAUUGUAGUUCAAGAAUGUAAUGCAAGAUACAGAGCAGGGCUUAUCUCUAAUAAAAUUUACUACCAAGAGAAGUCUAGAAGCCAGAUCUAGAAACACGACUGUUAAAAAAUACAAGUUGACCCUUUGUCUUCCAGUCCAGCAUCUUCUGUUCCUGAGGAACUACUAAUUUAAGUCAUGGGUUGAAAUCAUUGUUUAAUAAGCUUGUUGUAUAGGGCCUAGCGGUCACAUACGUGGACAGCACUUUUUAGAAAUUCAGAACAAGAAUCCACAUAUGUGGACAUACUUUUUCUCAAAAAGUACAUAUCAAAGAUGAUGCUUAGUUUUUAUUCUAAUCAGGUUCUAAUAAGCCCAAAUAGCAAAAAGAAAUAAAAAAUGCAUGUAAAAAAAAACAGCUUGGGUCUUAGGAGGUUAAAUAUAAAAUGAAACUGUUUGAUCAAGUUUAUAUGUUCAUGCUAAUUCACUUUUUAAUGUCCAACUGUGCUUCUGUUUAAUUAUACAACUACUGAAUUCUCCAUUUUGAAUGGUCAGAGGAUGUUGAUUAAAUUUUCUAUAACAGCAGCUCUGACAGUAGUGCUGGCUAUAAUUCAUGUCAGAUAAUAAAUGCGCUCAUUUUAACGUUAUAGUUUAUAUGGUAACAAUUCACAGGAACUUAGAGUUGUGGUCAGAAGUUUACAUACACUCAUGGAUAUGAACGUCGUGGAAGUAUUGGGCUUUCAAUGAUUGCUUUAAACUGUUCUUGUUCAAGGGAUGAAUGAUUGUAUAACAUACAUCUAAUAGGAAAAAACAAUAAAGAAUUUGGGGCACAAGCUUUAA